GAACUUCUUUGUAUAAUAGACUAUAAAAACGGGGAUCAUAUCCUCCGUUGGUCGAGAUUGUUGAAACCGACGAUGGUCAGAAGUGAAGAAUCAAAAAUCAGUCAUGUGCCAGUCUCAGACAGGUCGCAAGAUGAAAUUUCAGCUGAUUUUAACCUAGACCUGGAGAACGAAUGGGCAGACUUUAAAUUAAAAUACAGAAGGGCAUAUAACUCAGCUGGGGACGAAAAGGUUAGGAGGUCAAUUUUUGAGAAUAACUUGAAGAAGAUAAAGAGCCACAAUGUCCUCUACAAGAAGGGCAUCAAAAAAUACUCAAUGAGAGUCAACGAAUUUGCCGACAUGACAUUUGAGGAAUUCGCCGCCAAAAAAACUUGCUUUAAACGACGCCCAAAUAACCCUUCUGACCCCAUCCCACCUGCCACGACCUACUUGACCUCUCUCAGCCCCCUCAUGGAUCUCCCGGACCACGUUAACUGGACCGAGAAGGGCUACGUCACCCCCGUCAAAAGUCAGGGUUCUAACUGCGGUUCAUGUUAUGCAUUCAGUACUACCGGGUCCAUAGAGGGCCAGCACUUCAGAAAAACAGGCAAAUUAGUGUCUCUAAGUGAGCAGCAAUUGGUUGAUUGUUCUUCAAAAUACGGCAAUGAGGGCUGCAAUGGUGGUCUGAUGAACCAGUCCAUGGUCUACGUUCAGGAAAAUGGGGGAAUUGAUACUGAGGAAUCCUACCCCUACGUGGGGCAAGACCAGCAAUGCAAAUUCAACGAAAAAACCAUUGGCGCCACAGUUUCCGGUCUGGUGCAGCUCCCCUAUGGUGACGAGGAAAAGUUGAAGGAGGCCGUGGCCACAGUUGGUCCCAUUUCUGUGGGCAUGGAUGCCGGACAUGAUUCAUUCAUGUUUUAUUUUGGAGGUAUAUUUGACGAGCCCAAGUGUAGCUCCGUGAAUUUGAAUCACGGCGUCCUAUUGGUCGGCUAUGGAACCCUCGAAGGAGUAGAUUAUUGGCUAGUCAAAAAUAGCUGGGGAACAUUUUGGGGUGAUGAAGGAUAUGUCUACAUGUCGAGAGGCAAGAAGAAUCAAUGUGGCAUCGCUUCAGCCGCAUCCUACCCGCUCGUCUAAAAUAUAAUUAUAAUAAUAAUUCUAAUCAUAAUUACGAUAAUAAUUAUUAUUGAUUGAAAUUUAUACGUUGUCUAAUUGGUCGAUCGAACCAUUUUUUAUAAAGAAGAUACUUCUUCAGUCUUUAAAACAUCUUUGCCGAUAUUGCCAGUGCAUUUUUGGACCGAAAGAUAAAUAAAAAUUUAUAUUCCAGUUUAAAAUUGUGUUUUCAUUUAAAUAAAACAUCAGCACCAU